CCGGCAGUGGAUAGGAGAGGGGAGCUGUUGGCAGCUGGGGCUCCCACAUGGCCCUCUGAAUGUCAUUCUUUUGGGGCACCCUGAGGCAGCAAAGUCUCCCCACUUCAACGCAUUUUUAAGGGGAUGGCUAUCUUUGCUCGCUAUGAGGCAUUGAGAAAAGAAAUCAAGGCCCUCGUGGCUGAAAACGAAGAACUGAAACAGCUGGUGCUGCUUCUACGCGAAAACCAGGAGCUCAAGUCCCUCCUUCACGACCAAUUCAACGAGAGAAAUCUGCUGCCCAACUUUGAAUCCAGCCGGCUGGACCAACAAGAACCUUUAGCCAACCAGGCCUUCCUUGACUCUUCCAACUUGGAUCAAUCCCAAAAUUCCCAGAACGCCAUCUUGCGGCUGGGCAUUCGACAGCGACAUCCAUCUGGCCUCACAGCCCAGCUCACCACACAAUACCCUCCACCCCCUCCUCCACCAGGAGCCAUGGCUGCCAGUCUGCGGGGCUCCCCUCCCCGCUUCCAGGUCUGCUCUCCCGCAGGUUCCACUUCAGGUGUUGGCGGUGCUUCUCAGCGGAGCAGCGGCAGCUCAAUCGUCCCACGGGGCUACUGCUUUGAGUGCCCCAUCCCAUGGCACCCCCACCUGCCAUCUACAUCUGCAGGGGUUCCCCUCCUCGCACCAACUAGUCUGCCCGACCUUCCCAGCACCCAGCUCACCUCAGUCUUGCCUGGCAGCAGCCUGCCCAACCUUCCUGCUGCCCGGCAGGGAAGGGGGACGUACUCCAUCCCCAGCGCUGGAGGGCGGACGUACUCCAUCCCCAGCCCUGGAGGGGGGACGUUCUCCAUCCCCAGCCCUGGAGGGGGAAUGCCCAAAUGGCACAUUGCUAGCUCCGAGCUCCCCAGCAUCCAGCAGCUCUCCCAGCUGCCCUCUGUCUUUUACAGCCCCACCGGGCCCACUGCUGGGCAAGGAAGGGGGACGUAUUCCAUCCCCUGUGAUGAAGGGAUGCCCAAAUGGCACAUUGCUAGCUCCGAGCUCCCCAGCAUCCAGCAGCUCUCCCAGCUGCCCUCUGUCUUCUGCAGCCCCACCGGGCCCACUGCUGGGCAAGGAAGGGGGACAUACUCCAUCCCCUGUGAUGAAGGGAUGCCCAGCUGGAACAUUGGUAGCGCCGAGCUCCCCAGCAUCCAACAGCUCUCCCAGCUGCCCUCUGUCUUCGGCAGCCCCACCGGGCCCACUGCUGGGCAAGGAAGGGGGACAUACUCCAUCCCUGGCAUAUCAGGCACUCCCGAGGCGCCCAGCACGCAAAACUUGUCACAGCUCACCUCCGUCUUCGGCAGCAGCCUGCCCUCCACCCAGCUGCUCUCCCAGCUGCCCUCCGCCUUCCUUAGCCCUACCCAGCCUGCUUCUGCUGGGCAGGGAGGGGGCACUUUCCCCCUCUCUUGCAUUCCAGGCACUCCCGAGGCGCCCAGCACGCAAAACCUGUCGCACCUCACCUCCGUCUUUCGGCAGCAGCCUGCCCUCUACCCAGCUGCUCUCCCAGCUGUCUCCGCCUUUCUUAGCCCUACCCAGCCUGCUUCUGCUGGGCAGGGAGGGGGCACUUUCCCCCUCUCUUGCAUUCCAGGCACUCCCGAGGCGCCCAGCACGCAAAACCUGUCGCACCUCACCUCCGUCUUCGGCAGCAGCCUGCCCUCCACUCAGCUACUCUCCCAGCUGCCCUCCGCCUUCCUUAGCCCUACCCAGGCUGCUGCUGCUUUCCCCUUUCCUUGCAUUCCAGGCACUCCCGAGGCGCCCAGCACACAGUACCCCUCCCAGCUGCCCUCCAUCUACAUGAAGCCCACUUCUGGCCAGGAAGGGGGGAUGGUCUCCUUCCCUCAAGGGACUCCCGAGGCGCCCAGCACGCAGAACCUGUCGCACCUCACCUCCGUCUUCGGCAGCAACCUGCCCUCCACCCAGCUGCUCUCCCAGCUCAGCUCCGCCUUCAGUCCUAAGCCCAUCUGUGGCAGGGACGUGUCAAUGUCCCUCCCCACCCAGCAGCAGCCCUUCCAGCCCAUCGAGGCUUCAAGCCCCAUCCAGCCCAUCCAGGGGGCCAAUUACUUCAGCUCUCCAGGCAGUCCCGAGCUGUCCAGCAUGCAGUCCCCGCUGCCCUCCAUGUACAUGAAGCCCAUUGCUAGGCAAGGAGGGAGGAUAUUCACCUUCCCCAGCGUUCCAGGCAGCCCUGAGCUCUCUGGCACGCUGCCCUCCAUCUACAUGAAGCCCACUGUUAGGCAAAGACAGAGGAUAUUCACCUUCCCCACUAUUCUAGGCGGCCCCGAGCUGCCCAGCCCACAGUACCCCUCCCAGCUGCCCUCCAUCUACAUGAAGCCCACUUCUGGCCAGGAAGGGGGGAUGGUCUCCUUCCCUCAAGGGACUCCCGAGGCGCCCAGCACGCAGAACCUGUCGCACCUCACCUCCGUCUUCGGCAGCAGCCUGCCCUCCACCCAGCUGCUCUCCCAGCUCAGCUCCGCCUUCAGUCCUAAGCCCAUCUGUGGCAGGGACGUGUCAAUGUCCCUCCCCACCCAGCAGCAGCCCUUCCAGCCCAUCGAGGCUUCAAGCCCCAUCCAGCCCAUCCAGGGGGCCAAUUACCUCAGCGGCUCCCUCUCCAGUCCCUCUGGCCCUUGCCCCCCUUCCUACAUGGUCCCCUCCUGGGAUUCUUAUGGCGGUUUGCAGCUUCCACCCCCUGUCGGUGACCCCUUUUCCCAGUUCUCCUCUGACAUCUUCUCCAUGGGAUCUGACCCUGGGAAGCCCCAGUUGCCUGCCAUGCCAAGCAUCUCCCCGACACAGCCCUCCCGCUAUUUACGCUUCCCUGGGGAUAUCUAUAAUCUCGGGGGGGACCCUUAUUGCGCCCCCUACAGUCCUGGCCAAUUUUCUCCCUAUUCCCCAUCUGGCACUUUCUCCCAGCUGGGCCCCUGCAGUCCAUUCAGCCCUGGCAGCUCUGGCAUGGGUGGCACUCCCACUGGCAGCCCUUUCUUCCCGCUGGCUCCAGGAUCCCCUGAUAUGUCCAGCCUCUAUGGGCCGAUGGCGCCAGGAAGCCCAAUGACCUUCUCUGGUGGCCCAAUGACCCCAAUGUCUGGCACAACCGCCUCCAGUGGCAACAGCGUCUUCAGCUCACUGGUCCCAGACUCUUCACUCGGCACAAUCCCCAGUCCCUAUAGCUCCCUGGGGGCCUGUAGCCCUUUUGGAGUUGUGCCCCCAGCCAGUUCCCCUGACACAUCCAGCCUCUAUGGGCCCAUGUUCCCGGCCAGCUACGUCUCCAGCCUCUACGGGCCAAUGGUCCCAGCCAGCCCCACCAGCUCAGGCAGCCCGUUAUUCUCCAGUGGCCCCUCCAGCCUCUUCAGCCCAUUAGGUCCAGCUGGCUCUCCUGGCACCAUUUGUGUCCCAUCGCCCAUCCAGUUCUCCCCACUGGCCACUUCACCCACCCCAGCCUUAGGCCCAAGACCCAUCACGUCACCCAUGCUGCCCAGCCCCAUGCUGAGCCCAGCCGUCAGCCCGGAACCCACUGAGAAGAGCGAUCGCCGCACACAAGGCACUGCCAUGGGCAGAGAUUCCAAGGCUGCAACCUUUGAACGUAUCGUGGGGGAGGUGGCCUUCCAGCUGGACCGACGGAUCCUCUCCAGCAUCUUCCCCGACCGGGUCCGUCUCUACGGCUUCACCGUUGGCAACAUCCCUGAGAAAAUAAUGCAGGCUGAAAAUGACACCGUCAACCCCCUGACCCCAGAACAGCGGUCAGCCAUGAUGGACCGCUACAAUGAAAUCAUGAACCGCUUGAAGCCGCAGAACUACAACCCCACCUUCCACCCCCAGUUCACAGAGCACAUUGUGAACACCUACGGCAUCCUCCGUGAACGUCCCGACGCCACAGGCUCCGAAGCUCAGCUGUACAAUGAUCCAAACUACCUGCACGAGGUGAUAGUCAGCGUGGUUCCCCAGGACAAGGUGGCCGACUGCCUGAUCCUGCUCAACUGCCUCCGACAGCUGUCCCAGGCCGAUGGGAAGCCCCUUUUCAUCUGGUGAUCAAGCUGCCUCCGCCCCCUUCCUGUCUCGCAUCCACCACAAGCGCAAUAAAACAUCUGCGAAAUGCAA